AUGAUAGAAACCAUUAAGAACUUCCGAAAGAAAGUUCUCAAAGCAAGAGAUGAUCCAAUUUAUAUCAGAGUCAUCUCCUCUCUUCCAGAAUGGAUUCAAGGAGCAACACUUGCCCCUUAUCACUAUUUAGAAAUUGGCUUAGCAAAAGCUAAAAAAGACAUCGAACAAUCUCGACCCACGGAAGACAAAGAUCUCCCGUUCGAAGAAAUCCUUCAUCAAAAUCGUAUCAACAGCCUUAGAAGAAUUUCUGAAAAGAUCAUUGAGAUAAUCUCAGGAUCAAAGAAAAAAGUUUAA